AUGACAGUGAGAGGGGCAGAGAACAGACCGGACACAGACACAUCAGCUGGCAGAAGAAAUGACAUCUCACUGCAGAGCAUGGCAACUUCUGCCACAGCUGCAAGAGAAGCAGAAGAAGAUGUGACAAUGAGAGCAGUGCUUCCACGGCUCAUUGACACUGCCACCUUCAACCUGACUUUCUUGACAGUCAUGAAGAUCAUCAUCACAUCAUGA